UGGUUCGAGCACGUCAGCAUGCUGGUCAUCCUCCUGAACUGCGUCACCCUGGGCAUGUUCCAGCCCUGCGAGGACGUGGAGUGCCAGUCGGAGCGGUGCACCAUCCUGGAGGCGUUUGACGACUUCAUUUUCGCUUUCUUUGCGGUGGAGAUGGUCAUCAAGAUGGUGGCUCUGGGGAUCUUCGGGCAGAAGUGUUACCUUGGAGAUACGUGGAAUCGCCUGGACUUCUUCAUCGUGAUGGCGGGCAUGAUGGAGUAUUCUCUGGAUGGACACAACGUGAGCUUGUCUGCGAUCCGCACCGUCCGGGUACUUCGGCCGCUACGAGCCAUUAACAGGGUGCCAAGUAUGCGAAUACUCGUCACUCUGCUGUUAGAUACUCUGCCUAUGUUAGGCAACGUCCUCCUCUUGUGCUUCUUUGUCUUCUUCAUCUUUGGGAUUGUCGGUGUGCAGCUCUGGGCAGGGCUGCUGAGAAACAGGUGUUUCCUAGACAGGAAUUUUGCAAUGACAUACAACCUUACCUUCCUGCAUCCGUACUACCGGACAGACGAAGCAGAGGAGAAUCCAUUCAUCUGCUCAUCGCAUCGUGAAAACGGCAUGCAGAAAUGCUCCAAUAUCCCAAACAGGAAGGAGUACAAGGUGGAGUGCACCUUGAGCAUGGACUCCUACACCCCAAGUNNNAAUGCCGGCAUAAACUGGAACCAGUAUUACAACGUAUGCAUGGCAGGAGACGUAAACCCACACAACGGAGCUAUCAAUUUUGAUAACAUUGGAUAUGCCUGGAUAGCUAUUUUUCAGGUUAUAACCCUGGAAGGAUGGGUUGACAUCAUGUAUUAUGUGAUGGAUGCACAUUCUUUUUACAAUUUUAUAUAUUUUAUAUUGCUUAUAAUAGUUGGUUCCUUCUUCAUGAUUAACUUGUGCCUGGUUGUGAUAGCAACACAGUUUUCUGAAACAAAGCAGCGGGAGAACCAGCUGAUGCAGGAGCAGCGGGCCCGUUAUCUCUCCAAUGACAGCACAAUUGCCAGCUUCUCAGAGCCAGGUAGCUGCUACGAGGAGCUGCUCAAGUACAUCUGCCACAUCUUCAGGAAGGUGAAACGGCGGACAAUACGCCUGUACAAUAACUGGCAGAGUAAACGCCGGAAAAAAGUUAACCCAAACAGCACCACAAAUGGGCAAAGCCACCGAGGCAAAAAGCGCAUCACCUCCAUACACCACCUCAUCCACCAUCACCAUCACCACCACCACCACCACUAUCACAUUAGCAAUGGGAGCCCUCGAGGACCAUGCUCCAACCCUGAGAUCUGCGACCUGGAACUCAAGGUCAUGAAACCCGGAGACCAAUUGAUGCUUCCUUCUCCAUCACCCAACUUGCAGAGCCCUGCUCCUCCUCCAGACUCGGAGUCUGUGCACAGCAUUUACCACACAGACUGUCACGUCGAAGGACCACAAGUGAACUGUAAGUCUUCCAAUGCCCCUGCGAGCAUUAAACUGACUGCCAGCCUCUCCAACCAUGGCAACAUGAACUAUCCUACCAUCCUGCCUUCUCCAACUAGCAAAGCCAGUUCUGUUCCGGUUCCCAAAGGAAAGAAGAAUGGCAGUUCACCUGUGGCUGUGGUUAACAGCCCUGUAAAUUUGGGCACAGAUUCUUAUGGGAAGCUACAGCAGCUGGUAGGAGAGCAUGGUCUGCGGCGGACACCCAGCCGGCUGUCGGGGCUGAGCGCGGCCUGCCCGCUGCCCAGCCCACCGGGUGGCACGCUGACCUGCGAGCUGCAGGACUGUCCCUUCUGUGCCAGCCUCCUGGACGACCCCGACUUCGCCUUCAGUGAGUCUGACAGCUGCGACUCUGACAGCAACGGCGUCUACGAGUUCACCCAGGACCUGCGGCACGGCGACCACAGAGACCAGCUCCAGCAGCAGCGGGGCAGGAGGAGGAGGAAGAAGAAAAAGCCCAAGGAAAGGAACAAGGUCACACGCCUGUGGAAGGCGUUCGGCAGCAAGCUGAAGAGGAUCGUGGAGAGCAAAUACUUCAACCGGGGGAUUAUGAUCGCCAUUCUCAUCAACACGCUGAGCAUGGGCAUCGAGUACCACGAGCAGCCGGAUGAGUUGACCAACGCCUUGGAGAUCAGUAACAUCGUCUUCACAAGCAUGUUUGCCCUGGAGAUGCUCCUGAAACUCCUUGCCUUUGGCCUCUUCGGCUACAUCAAGAACCCAUACAACAUCUUUGACGGGAUCAUAGUUGUCAUCAGCGUUUGGGAGAUCAUCGGCCAGUCGGACGGAGGCCUCUCUGUGCUACGAACUUUUCGGCUCCUCCGGGUGCUGAAACUGGUGCGUUUCAUGCCCGCCCUCCGUCGCCAGCUCGUGGUCCUGAUGAAGACAAUGGACAACGUAGCCACCUUCUGCAUGUUGCUCAUGCUCUUCAUCUUUAUCUUCAGUAUUCUCGGCAUGCAUCUUUUUGGAUGCAAGUUCAGCCUGAAAACUGACACAGGAGACACAGUUCCAGAUAGAAAGAAUUUUGAUUCCUUACUUUGGGCCAUCGUGACCGUAUUUCAGAUCCUCACUCAAGAGGACUGGAACGUGGUCCUGUACAAUGGGAUGGCAUCUACAUCCUCAUGGGCAGCACUCUACUUUGUGGCCCUGAUGACCUUCGGCAAUUAUGUGCUCUUCAACCUUCUUGUUGCCAUUCUGGUAGAAGGCUUCCAAGCAGAGGGGGAUGCCAAUAGGUCAGACACAGAUGAGGACAAGACAUCUGCCAACUUCGAUGAUGAUUUUGAGAAGCUAAAAGACCUCCGAGCAACAGAGAUGAAGAUGUACUCACUUGCCGUCACCCCAAACGGACACCUGGAGGGCAGGGGAAGCAUGCCACCUCCUAUAAUCAUGCGCACUGCUGCCACACCGAUGCCCACGCCAAAGUGUUCCCCACACAUGGAUUCUGUGCACACUUUUGUGGACUCGAGGAGAGGGAGUAACGCUUCGCUAGACCCCUUGAGCUACGAUCAGAAGUCCUUGUCCAGCCUCCGCAGUUCCCCUUGUGCCAACUGGGGCACCAGCAGCAACUGGGGAAGCCGACGCUCAAGCUGGAAUAGCCUGGGCAGAGCCCCGAGCCUCAAGAAGAAGAACCAGUCAGGAGAAAGAGAGUCCUUGCUCUCAGGGGAAGGGAAAGGCAGCACAGAUGAUGACUCCGAUGACGCCAAGUCCAGCACGGUCAGCAGGCCCUCGCUGCACCGCCGGGCAGAGUCCCUGGACUACCGCAGCUCCCUGGACCUGCCUGAGCUGCUCCAGCUGCCCGCCAUGCGCCACUCGCUCAGUAUCGGCCCCAUGGCCGUUCUGCCUGCCGAGUACCAAGACUGCAACGGCAAGAUGGUUCAUGUCCCCAGUGAGUUCUUCCUGCGUGUUGACAGUCACAAGGAGGAUGCCCUGGACUAUGAGGAUGACAUGGAGGAUAGUUACUGCUACCGAAUUCGUAAAGUCUUGGAGCCCUACAAACCACAGUGGUGCAAGAGUCAUGAAGACUGGUCUCUCUACUUGUUUUCCCCACAGAAUCGGUUCCGAAUGAUGUGCCAGAAGGUCAUUGCCCACAAAAUGUUUGAUCACGUGGUGCUGGUCUUCAUAUUUCUCAACUGCAUCACUAUAGCACUGGAGCGACCAGACAUAGACCCACACAGCACGGAAAGGAUAUUCCUAAGUGUUUCUAAUUACAUCUUCACUGCAAUCUUUGUGGCUGAAAUGAUGGUUAAGGUGGUAGCUCUUGGCUUUUUCUCUGGGGAGAACACCUAUCUGCAGAGCAGCUGGAACGUCCUGGAUGGAGUCCUGGUCUUUGUGUCUAUCAUUGACAUUAUAGUCUCCAUGGCAUCGGCAGGCGGAGCUAAGAUCCUGGGUGUCCUUCGCGUUUUGAGACUUCUGCGGACCUUGAGACCCCUGCGGGUCAUCAGCAGAGCCCCAGGUCUGAAGCUGGUGGUAGAAACCUUGAUCUCCUCCUUGAGGCCUAUUGGGAAUAUUGUUCUCAUCUGCUGUGCUUUCUUCAUUAUCUUUGGGAUUUUAGGGGUCCAGCUUUUUAAAGGGAAGUUCUACUACUGCGAUGGCCCUGAUGUAAAAAACAUCACUACAAAGACUGACUGCACUAACGCACACUACAAAUGGGUUCGGCGGAAGUACAAUUUUGACAAUUUGGGACAGGCCCUCAUGUCCUUGUUUGUGCUCUCCUCCAAAGAUGGCUGGGUGAACAUCAUGUAUGAUGGUUUGGAUGCUGUGGGUAUUGACCAACAGCCCGUCCAGAACCAUAACCCUUGGAUGCUUCUCUACUUCAUCUCCUUCCUGCUCAUCGUCAGCUUCUUCGUGCUCAACAUGUUUGUGGGGGUGGUGGUGGAGAACUUUCACAAAUGCCGACAGCACCAGGAGGCGGAGGAGGCCCGGCGUCGGGAGGAGAAGCGCCUGAGACGCUUGGAGAAAAAGCGCAGGAGUAAGGAGAUAUACCUGUCUGAAGCCCAACGUAGGCCUUACUACGCGGACUAUUCCCCAGCACGGAAGUACAUUCACACCCUCUGCACCAGCCACUAUCUUGACCUCUUCAUCACGUUCAUCAUUGGGGUCAAUGUCAUCACUAUGUCGAUGGAGCACUACAACCAGCCCAAGUCCCUGGACGAAGCCCUGAAGUACUGCAACUAUGUGUUCACCAUCGUUUUUGUGUUUGAGGCAGUUCUGAAGUUGGUGGCAUUUGGUUUUCGAAGGUUCUUUAAGGACAGGUGGAAUCAGCUGGAUUUGGCCAUAGUUCUCUUAUCAAUUGUGGGAAUCACGCUGGAGGAAAUUGAGAUGAAUGCUGCACUGCCCAUCAAUCCCACAAUAAUACGCAUUAUGCGGGUGCUGAGAAUAGCAAGAGUGCUGAAACUGCUUAAAAUGGCCACGGGGAUGCGAGCGCUCCUGGACACGGUGGUACAAGCGCUUCCCCAGGUAGGGAACCUUGGCCUACUUUUUAUGCUCCUGUUUUUUAUCUAUGCUGCACUGGGAGUGGAAUUGUUUGGCAAACUAGACUGCAGUGAGGAAAAUCCUUGUGAAGGUCUGAGCCGGCACGCAACUUUCACCAACUUCGGCAUGGCCUUUCUCACCCUCUUCAGGGUGUCAACGGGGGACAACUGGAAUGGCAUCAUGAAGGACACCCUCCGGGAAUGCACUCGGGAGGACAAGCACUGCCUCAGUUACCUGCCAGUUAUCUCUCCUGUCUACUUCGUCACCUUCGUCCUCAUCGCACAGUUUGUUCUAGUCAACGUGGUGGUGGCAGUGCUGAUGAAGCACUUGGAGGAGAGCAACAAGGAGGCCAAGGAGGAUGCGGAGAUGGAUGCUGAGAUUGAGUUGGAGAUGUCCAGAGGAGCAACCACCUCGCCUACCAGUGGGAGCCGGGGAUGCGCAGUGGCUCCGGAGAGCAGACCACCCUACAGGAGUCAGGAGACCGCGAAGUCGGAGUCAGCGGUGCAGGUGAAGCACCAUGCCCUGGGCGGCGCAGCCUCUCUGAGGCCACAGGACUCCCAAAACCUGCUGACGGUCCGCAAGAUCUCCAUUUCCCGAAUGCACUCCUUGCCCAAUGACAGCUACAUGUUCCGGCCGGUGAUGCCAGCGAAAGCCCCUUUCCCUCUUCACGAAGUGGAGAUGGAGACAUAUCCCUGCAAAUCCCAAAGAGGAUCCAUCACUUCCAUCCGCUCCCAGCCUGUGGGAACAUGUUCCUCUCUGAGAGUCCCAUCGGAGUCCUUCCAGCUGGCAGCCCGCUCUCCCAACCCAGACGGCCGUCACCGCUCGAAGAUCCUUCCCCCCCACGCUGCACCCCGAUCUCCUACUCUCAACAAGCUGCUGUGCAGACAG